AUGCAGGUGCGCGUGGAGGCGCAGGUCGGCCAGGGCGGCUACUCAGACAUCUAUCGCGUGGCCGACGGUUCGGGGCGGCAUUAUGCGCUGAAGCACCUGCGGUUGGCAGGUGAUCAGGAGCACAUUGCGGAGGUUCAGCGGGAGGCCAAGACCAUGGCGCGGUUGCGGGGACACCCGAACAUCCUGCGGCUGCACGCGGCCGCAUUUGCGGGCCCCAAGGGUGCCGAGACCGACGGCUUCCUGCUGGUGGACCACUGCCCCGACACGCUCCUGGCUGCCAUGCAGCGCUCCAACUUUGCUCUGGACGAGAGGAGCGCCGUGGCCGUCUUCAGCGCGGUGGCUGCGGGUAUUGCGCACAUGCACCGCCAGAGCCCUCCCCUGGCGCACAGGGACCUCAAGGCUGAGAACGUGCUGAUGGUGGAGGACGGCACCUGGGUGCUGUGCGACUUUGGCAGCGCUACUGCCCGUGCCAUGGUGUACUCCACGGUCGCGGAGAUCGCGGCGGAGGAGGACGUCAUCCGCAAGCACACCACUCCCGCGUACAGAGCGCCUGAGAUGUGGGACCUUGGCCUGCAGCGCCAGCUCAUCGAUACCAAGGUGGACAUCUGGGCCAUGGGUGUGCUAUUGUUUGUGCUGGGCUUUGGUCGCCUGCCCUUCCAGGGUGACAGCAAGCUGGCCGUCAUCAACGGCAAAUACGACAUGCCCCCGGGGCGCCACCCCCUGCUGCGUGCUCUUGUGAGGGACCUCCUUGCAGUGGACCCAGCGCAGCGCCCCGACAUAGAGGCUGUACUGCGACGCAUUGAGCCGCUGCGCGCUGCGGUGGGCCUCUCGCCCGCGGCGGUGCCGGGCACGCUGCCCGCUCCUGUGCCAGCUGUGGCCGAGGCGGGCACACCGCCGCGACCGGCCAACGGGUGA